AUGCGUGUGCGCUCCCAGCCGGCCUUGAGGACCUCUGAGCGGGCUUUCCCCCCAGCUUUCCUCACUGUUUUCCCCCCAGCUUCCCCGCAUCCCGCAAUGCAAUCGUUUGCCUCCGCUCGGCCACCGUCCGUCAGCGUUCCGCAAAUUUUGUCCGCCGGCCGCCGCCGUUUUGGAUUACUCACCGAUCCGAGUAGUGAGGGAGAGGCGUCUGUUUGGCGGAAGCCGGCUGGUGCGGCCGGGACCAUGGAGUCGCCGUUUAGCCCGGGGUUUCCUCACGGGCCGGAGGAAGACUGGGAGUCUACGUUGUUUGCUGAGCUUGGCUAUUUCACAGAUAAUGAUGAGGUACAGUUCGAUGCAGCAAAUGAAACUUACGAAAAUAAUUUUGAUCAUCUUAACUUUGAUUUGGAUUUGAUGCCUUGGGAGUCAGACAUUUGGAGCUCCAGCAGCCACUUCUGCUCAGUUAAAGAUAUUAAGGCAGAGCCCCAGCCUCUCUCUCCAGCUUCCUCAAGUUGUUCAGUCUCAUCUCCUCGCUCCGUAGACUCUUGUUCUUCAACUCAGCAUGUUCCUGAGGAGUUGGAUUUGUCUUCCAGCUCCCAGUCUCCUCUUUCCUUAUAUGGUGAAAGCUGUAAUAGCCCAUCCUCAGUGGAGCCACUGAAGGAAGACAAGCCUGUCAUUGGUCCUGGGAACAAAACUGAACAUGGACUGACUCCAAAGAAAAAAAAUCAGAUGAGUUCAAAACCUUCAGUUCAGCCCAAGCCUUUAUUACUUCCAGCAGCUCCCAAGACUCAAACAAAUGCUGGUGUUCCAGCAAAAACCAUCAUUAUUCAGACACUACCAGCCCUUAUGCCACUGGCAAAGCAGCAAUCAUCGAUUAUCAGUAUACAGCCUGCACCCACCAAAGGUCAGACUGUUCUGCUCUCUCAGCCUGCUGUGGUUCAACUUCAGGCCCCUGGGGUGCUGCCUUCUGCUCAACCAGUUCUUGCUGUCGCUGGAGGAGCCACACAGCUACCUAACCAUGUGGUCAAUGUGGUGCCAGCCCCUGUGGUGAAUAGUCCAGUGAAUGGCAAACUUUCCAUGACUAAACCUGUCCUACAAAGCACCACAAGAAGUGUGGGUUCUGAUAUUGCUGUGCUAAGGAGACAGCAGCGGAUGAUAAAAAAUCGUGAGUCUGCUUGUCAGUCACGCAAGAAGAAGAAGGAGUAUAUGCUGGGACUGGAGGCCAGGUUGAAGGCUGCGCUCUCAGAGAACGAGCAACUGAAGAAGGAGAACGGGUCCCUGAAGCGACAGCUGGACGAGGUGGUGUCAGAGAACCAGAGGCUUAAAGUCCCGAGUCCAAAGCGAAGAGCUGUCUGUGUGAUGAUUGUGUUGGCAUUUAUAAUGCUGAACUAUGGGCCCAUGAGCAUGCUGGAACAGGAUUCCAGGAGAGUGAAGCCCAGUGUGAACCCUGCAAAUCAAAGGAGGCAUCUUUUAGAAUUUUCCGCUAAAGAAGUUGAAGACACAUCAGAUGAUAUCAACCAGAAAAACAGCUACAGAUAUGAUCAUUCUGUUUCAAAUGACAAAGCCUUAAUGGUGCUAACUGAAGAACCACUACUUUAUAUUCCUCCACCUCCAUGUCAGCCCCUGAUUAAUACAACAGAAUCUCUCAGGUUGAACCAUGAACUUCGAGGCUGGGUUCAUAGACAUGAAGUGGAAAGGACCAAAUCAAGAAGAAUGAUAAAUAACCAACAGAAAACACGCAUUCUUCAGGGUGCUCUGGAGCAGGGCUCAAAUUCUCAGCUGAUGGCUGUCCAGUACACAGAGACUACUAGCAUCAGUAGGAAUUCUGGGAAUGAGCUGCAAGUGUAUUAUGCUUCACCAGGAAGUUACCAAGGGUUCUUCGAAGCCAUCCGCAGGCGGGGAGACACGUUUUACGUUGUAUCAUUUCGAAGGGAUCACCUGCUGUUGCCAGCUACUACCCAUAACAAGACCACAAGACCAAAAAUGUCAAUUGUCUUACCAGCAAUAAACAUAAAUGAUAACGUCAUCAACGGGCAGGACUAUGAAGUAAUGAUGCAGAUUGAUUGUCAGGUGAUGGACACCAGGAUCCUCCACAUCAAAAGCUCCUCUGUCCCUCCUUAUCUCCGAGAUCAUCAGAGGAACCAAACCAACACCUUCUUUGGUUCCCCUCCAACAGCCACAGAGACAACUCAUGUUGUCAGCACCAUUCCUGAGUCCUUACAGUAGUGCCCGAGCCUGGCCAACCUGAAGAGCUGGUGAGCAGUGCUGCUCUCUGCCUCCUUGGCAAGUGGAGAACUGCCUCGUACUGGACUCAGGGAAAGAGAGAGAACAAGAAGCCACUCUGAUUUUCACCGCCUACUCGCCUGUGUAGAACGUGCUAGAGAGCAGUCCUCUCGUGGCAGAGCCACCGUAUCACAGUGUUGCCUGCCGUUGGUUAUUCUGAUGUAUCUUUCUUCAUUGCUUUCCUAUUGGAUAUGUUUUGUUCUUAGUCAUCUUCCUCCAGAUAUUUUGUCCACCUCACUUCCUGGCACAGUAAAGUGAUUUUUAUUUAAAGCUUUAGAACACA